ACUUUCAACCCCCCCCCCCCUCCUCCACCUUCCUGCUUGCUUGCUGUUGAUUGGACUCUUGCAAGCUUUGCAAGAAUAGUUUGAAGAGGUUUGGCUGGGAGCUGAAACUUUAAAGUAAAGACUCUUCCUGGACUCUUCUUUUAAACUUUCCAGGAAUGCAGCAGCCUUGCGAAGCAGAGGAGGAGGAGGAAGAAGAAGAAGAGGGAGGAGGAGGAGGAGGAGGAAGCAACCACAGUGCCCCAGAGGGUCCCUUCGGGAAAAGCCCCUUCCAUCUGACGGCCGAAGAUGUCUACGACAUCUCUUACAUCCUGGGAAGGGAGCUGCACACCCUCAGCACGGAGCCCCAGGCGGAGAUCCCCGCCCGGGUGGCCCGCCUCCAGUUCAAGGUGGUCAGCAUUUUGGAAAUGUUGGAAGCCUUGGUGAAUGAGAACCACCUGGCCGUGGAAGCCCUCAAGCUGGAAAGAGAGAGCCUGAAAAGGGAGUUGGAGGAUCUGCGGGAGCGGGUGACAUCUGGCACCGCUGGAGAGGUAAAUCCGGGUCCCAAUAAAAUGAUCGUGGACCUCACCGACGUCAACCGGCCCCGUUUUACGCUACAGGAGCUCAAGGAUGUUCUUCAAGAGCGCAACCACCUGAAGGCCCAGCUUCUCUUCGCGCAGGAGGAGUUGGAAUGCUACAAGAGUGGUUACGUUUCUCGGAAGCAGGAAAAGGAGACUCCCACGCGAAGAGAAUUGACUGUCGGCACGCCCUCUGGCUCCACUGGGCUUAAAGAGAAAAGUACCAUCAAACAAUGGUUUGCCUUUAGAAAGUUACGAUGAACUAUUUCCGCGCUGGGACGUCACAAUUUUAAAAAGUCAAAAUGUUUUUUAAAAAAGCAGCUGUCGCAAUACUUGAAGACUGUUUCACUGCAGCUGGCAGAGGCUUCAACCUCCGGUUUUAUCUCAGUCGGUUAUCUGCUUCCAUUUUUCUCGUUGGCAUAAAACUUUUUGAACCUGCGUCCUUCAAAACCUCCAGGAGUUUAAAGGUGGAUAUUCUGGUGAUACCUUGGCCACGAUAAAUGUUGACUGGAAAGGUUUAUAUGUCUGCAGCCAGCAGAAUAAAGUUACGCGCUUCGAUUUCUAAAA